CGUGAUUUGAAAAGAAGCGCGCAAGAAGAAAAAUGGCGCAGGGGGACGCUACAGCAAAACAAUAACAUUGCACACUUAAAACCUCUGUUAAAGUCCGAUGUUGCAUUUAGCUCACGAUGUCGUUGCUGAGACCUUUUAGUAGGCAGCUUGCUUUGAACACCGCAAGUAUAUUGCUGGUGGAGCGGGAAGAGGAGUUUCAGCAGAGAUUAGCUGAAGCUCUUGUGGAGGAGACAGCAGUCACGUUGAAUGUGAGACUAGCAAAGAGUCUGCCUCUGCCCUCCGAGAACCAACACAGCCGCCCCAGGAUAGACUUGGUGGUUUUUAUCAUCAAUCUCGCUUCUGAGCUCAGUCUUCAUUCUGCCCAAGCCUCCCUCAAAUAUUUGGACCCUGGAUAUUUCCUUGGAAAGGUUUGCUUCAUGGCCACCAACGCACGCAGCGUCAUGGCCUCCCCAGAGCGCCUAGACGCCCUCAGAGAGCUGGCCUCGUCAUUGCACUGCACGCUACUUUUUGCUGAGGAUCAGACGGCAGAUGGUGUGACCAAUGCCUCGGAGAGACUGCUGACCAUCUUGAAGGUGGCGGCCGGUCUCGUUCCCAUGACGACGGCCCUCUAUCUGUCCAACCUGACCAUGUGCACCGUGCCCUCUGAGACGAAUGAGGUGGAUUAUGGUUAACUUUGUGCCACCGAACUGGCAUGCGUUCAGACUUUUAUACGAGUGUGUGUUCUUUGUAAUCUUCCACUAGCGCUCAUAUUUCCUUUUUAUUUAAGUGCUUGUUCAAAUAGUCGGUACACAGUGCCGUAUUCAAAUGAACUAAUCUGUAAGUAUUUUUGUCCGAUCUGUAUCCAGCAGUUAAAUAGAACGUGUAAUAUUUCCUGUUUCCGCAUAAACUGAUUCCUUUCCGUGAAAGAGGCUUGAAAUGUGGUCAAAUAUUUAAUCGCAGUGCAGUGGUUGAGGACCCCAAGGGGGCUUGCUGAUAGCAGUCUUUGUGCCCCCGUGUCACGUCUUCAUCCUUCACCGAUGCACGCGCACGCUUACUAUUAAUAGGUUGUCAUCAUGGCAAUUAUAUGGCAUUCAUGCUCACUUGUGUUUUUUGCAACAUGGCGGCAAGAUACUGGGAGGCACGUGAGGGGGCUGAGGAAUGUAACUGGUAAUUUUGGAAUCUUUGCCUGGGCGGUUUUUUUAACUUUUAUGCUGAAAAUGUGACCGGUUUAAAGAAGUAACUGAUAAAAUAGCCUUUUUAAAAUGAGAAUUUCAAAGAUCCCUGCCAGGCUUCAUCUUACUUGAAACUGAAGCUGUCCCAUUCCUUUCAAUUUAAUAUUAAUCCAAAAAUGCAGUGCUUUGUGAAUCGGUAUGACGAUAGAAUAGUAAAAGUGAAAUGUCAGGAAAGUUGAAGAACAUAAAUUCUAAUAUUAGAAGGAAGAUGAACUUCUUCCCAAAUCAUUAAAAAACAACUGACUCAAUGAAAUUACCGCCAUGGUUGCUCAAGCUCUUGUUAUAAAUGUCAACAUAAAAUAUUAAAUGCCCUUUUGCUCAAAUUAGCCUUGUCCUUUACUUUGCUUGAUAUGAAUGUGUUUAUGUGAAGCUGCGCUCACUAUUUAGAGGUAGCCUGCCCAAACUUCUACGCUAUGCUUCAUCUCGCUCCUUUCCGAAUGUCUUUUUUCCUCUCCGUGUUUAUUUUGCUUCCUCAAUUUUAUUUGGUUUUAUGCAGGGAUUUUGUCUGAUAGCAAACGGGAAGCUCGGUAUUGUUUGUGUAUUUGAAUGUUCGGAAUAAAAGUUGUCAAACAAA